AUGAUUCGUUCUCCUAACAAAUGCAAUUCUGACCCUAAUCUAAUACAAUCAGUAUUGAGUGAUAAUACUUCGCCGCCGCCGCCCAAUUUUGUUAGUUCCCGAAUAAAGCGAAAACGCAAAAAGCUAUUUUGGCUACGAACCAAGAAAUUGAAAAAUCUAUCUCCUUUCUGUCCUCUCAAUACGAGGACUUGUCUCGAAAAGUCCGUGACAUUGAGGAGGUACGAAAAAAGGAUCAUGAAUACAUCAUCAGAUUUACAACGUGCUCCCGUAAAACUGGAGCUUAGGAACGUACCUGAGAAACCUGCCGAAUCAGUGGAAGACCUGAAGAACUCAGUUACUCGUAUCUGCCUUGCUAAAAAUCUUAAGGUGGAUCUAUGUGACAUCGACAUUAGGGACAUUCAUCGGCUUGGUGUGCUCAGUAAGGAAAGACGGUACUUCACUCCGGGCCACCGCUUGCAACUGUAUAAAGCGCAAAUUUGGCCCCACAUGGAGUACUGUUUUCACCUCUGGGGGCUCCCCAGUACCAGCUCCUUACACUUGACCGUAUUCAACGAAGAGCUGUUCGAAUCGUCGACGACCAAUCCCUCUCCGAGCGGCUUGAUCCUUUGGCGUUGCGUAGAGAUGUGGGGUCAACUGCAUUUACCAUGGAGAGUGUUCAGAGGAGAUCUGGUAUGGAAACAUCGAAAAGUUUUCAGAUCAUACAAACUGAGGUUUCAUGUGCCUAAAAAAGAUCUGUGCAAAAAAUGUGUAGCCUUCAAAGAUAUAAAAAGUAAUGCAACAAUCUCAGAAGAUGCCAAUAAUUCCAAACAUCUCAAGAGACGUGAUGAUGCCUUUCUGCGUAGAGACGCUGACAAAGCAGCAGCAAAUAAUUAUAAAAAUGUUUUGGCCUUCAACUUCGACCUUCAAGCUGUUCUCCACACACUGCAGCUGUACCAGCCUUUGUAG